AUGGGCCGCUGGAACGGUGUGGGCGGGAAACUUGACCCAGAAGAGUCGCCUCUUGAAUGUAUAGUGAGAGAGACAGAAGAAGAAACUGGGCUUCAGGUGCCUCUGUACAAGGAUAAGGGAGUUUUGAGAUGGGUUAGAGAUGGUGUUGAUCUUGGAGGAGUCCAUUUGUUUGUGGGAGAAGUAUCUUCUCUGUUUGUCGCUGCUUAUAAGACUCCAAAGUGCUUCUGCCAUGAAGGUAUACUAGAUUGGAAGAAGUUAGAUUGGUUGUUGAACAAGGAGAACACUGGAGUUGUUGAUAAUAUCCAGAUUAUUCUAAAAACACUUAUUGAGCUGGACGAGCGCCGUGUGUGGAUUGCAGAGUACACAGAUGGUCAACUCUCACGGUGUGAGUCUCUUGAGACAUUGUGA